CGAUAAUCGAAGCACGAGGUGUCACGAGAGAUAAUCAAGUAAUAUUAUCUUUUAUUCGUGUCUGUGAUUUUCAGUGUUACAAUUGUUGAGUUGCUACUUGAUGCAGCUUAUUAAAAAGACCGUGCUCCAACAGGAAGAUCUUUUUUUUUAACCCGAGGCACCAAAACGCUGGAAUAAAGGUGGCACCACUUGCCGCGACGAACGUUCCAGGCACCGGGACCUCCCAUUGGCUGUCGGAAUUCCAGGGGGCGGGGCUAUCGAUCGCCACGAGUGCUGAGUGGUCAGCAGUCCCCUCGGAAUGGCCUCAGUCAGAAAGUCGGCCCGGCCGUAGCAGCAGGGAAGGUGCCAGAUACGCUCGACUUCUCCAGGACUGUUCCUCUGUACCACCCCCGCCCCCCGUCCGGUGCGUCGUCGUCGAGAGGGAGUGAAAGGUCGUAUAUAUCUUCCUCAUUUCCCGGUCGUCAUGAAGCCGGACAAGCCCCCACCUCCUGCUCCUCCUCCUCCCGCCAGGGACAGGGACAUCCUGCGGGCGAGAAACAGCAGGCCCUUAAAGAAGACGAACCGAACGUCCCCACCAGCCAUGCCCGCGUCGUUAUCGGAGUCGGAGGUGAUGGCAGGUGAAGGCACCGAUCCUCCUUCAACUUCUUCAGGUUCCUCGUCGGUUACGCCCUCAGAUGACGUCGACAUCAGCACCACGUCCUCCUCCUCCUCCUCCUCCUUACCGCUGGCGGAGUCGUCGUCCUCCUCCUCCUCCUCCGGCGGCGAGAAGGACAAAGGGGCGGAGAUGAAACUGUACUUGGACAAACUACGCGAACUGGUGCCUUACGUGCCACGGACCGGGAAGAUCUCUCGCGUCCAGCUCAUCCACUCAGCCAUCGACUACAUCACCGACCUGCAGGAGUCUCUGGAAGCCAGGGCUCGUCGGAAACUCCGCGACAAGAACGACCAGGCCUCGAGGCCUCCCUUGGCGGCCCUGUCGCAGGCGCAUGUGGAGACCAACAACAGAAUGACGCCCCUGGCGGAAAACAGCACCAACAGGCAGCCGACGCCUUUGGAAGUGAACACCAGACAUCCGUCGACGGUCGUGCCGAUGUCCUCUGCGUCUCCUCUCGAGGGGAUUUCUCCCAACAACGCAAAUCCACCUCUUCCUCCGUCGGGAAGCCACAGUAACCCCAGCAGUAGUUCGUCGCCCAUAAUCCCAGCGGCACCUGGCCCACCACCGCCAUCAUCAUCUCCCCAACAACCGAGUUAAACGAAAUAGCAAAAUAAAAAAAUAAAUAAAAAAACUCUUUCGCAGAAGAAGAAGAAGAAACGGCGGUGGCUUCUCGCCAUCAAUCAAGAAAUCACUCUCUGGCGGAGGAAGAAGAAGAAGACGAAGAAGAAGAAGAAGAAGUCCCGGGUGAAAAGUGCCCUCACUGCACUUCUGGGAGUUCGUUAAUUAAGAGCACAUUGUGUCCGAUCGAUAUGCGAAGUGCGUGUUCACAUAUGUUCUCGAAAGGCGGCCGUCUAUGGUGAAGUGCGAGACUUCUGGAAAAAGAAAUAAAAAAAAAGGGGGGGGAGGGGGCGGAGAGGGAUUCCGUUUCCCGAAAGUGGCAUGCGCGCGACGCCGUUCACAAACAGUAAAUGUGUAAAUAAUGAGUUUGUAAAUACUGUACAUAGAUCAGCAAGGAACGGACUAUUUAUUGAUGUUCUUAUUUAUUUAUUUAUUUGGGGUUGACGUGGUCAAACCAGCACACAGCUGAAAGCCAAAGAUAAUAUAUAUAUAUAUGAUUUUAACUGAUCAACACUUCCUUUUUUAGAUCAUACUUCCGAAGGAUUAUAACAUUGUCAAGCAAUGUGCAAUGUACCGGAUUAAACUUAAACUAAAAAAUAAUUGCAGGUAAACAAACCUACUUUUCCCAAAAGAGAUCUUUAUUACAAAAAUCAUCUAACUAUAUUUUAUCUGAUAAAUUACGGUAAGAUUUAUUAACGCAUGAAAUGUCCAAAUAACUUUGGAGGAGUCUGGUUAUCCGAUAUCGAAAGGUGGCGUCAUUAUCGAUGCUCCCUUUGUGGUUGUGUCAACCAUUCAGUUUAUGAUGAAUAAGAUUUACGUGAUAUUAGGAAAAAUAUCCCAUUCACAGUUGAAUACUACAGAGUUCCCAAAGCAGCAGCAUCUGUGAAGAAUAAUUCAUGAUUCUCUUCAUUUUGGAUUAUAAUCGAAUGGUCAGUGAAUGCAAGAUACAUUACGAAAAACAUGAGUGAUAAUGAGAAAAAUAAUACGAAAAACAUGAGUGAUAAUGAGAAAAAUAAUACGAAAAACAUGAGUGAUAAUGAGAAAAACAUAUUGAGAUAAUGAAGAUUGGGGUUAUAUCUACGAACGCAGUAAAGUAAAUGGUAAAAUGGAAGGAUUACAAUGAAAAGUUUUGGUCAAAAAGUGGAUUUAGGCGACCUCGCGACCCAGGGUAAACGUCAAAAUCUUUAAAAAAAAAAUAGAAAGCAUAAAAUGCAAAAUCUUAACAAUUCUGAUUUAUAUUUACCGUUUAUAAAGAAACUACUUUCAUAAACUCUCCAACUGAUUGAUUUAUACAGGAAAUUCUACCCCCGAAAGUUAAAAUCGGCUACAAUUUUGAGAAACGAGAGAAAAUAUGUCAAAAAAAUACGCUAGAAGAACCUAGCGAUAUUUUAUUCUACAGCUACAGACGAUCAGCAUCUGUCCCCAGAUGUCGUGAAAGUGAAAUAUAUCUCAAAGGAUAGGAAACAGUGCUGGGGAUGGUACGCCAAAGUGCAUAAACUGCUCAGUCAAUCUACCUAGCGCAUUUAUUAUUAUACUUCUCGAUUACAUUACUACAUUACUGUUUUCAAUUAUAGAUCAUUUUCCCACAAUAAUUCUCAUGGAUGAGUAUUGCACUGCUAUCUAUUUCUCUGGAACUCAAAACUUAAAUCUAGAGUUUAUUUGUUAUAAAACACAAAAUUUAUUUGUUCUAAAAACUCAAAAUUUAUUAGUUUUAAAAACUCAACAUUUAUUAGUUUUGAAAACUCAAAACUUAUUUGUUCUAAAAACUCAGAAUUUAUUUGUUAUAAAAAAUAAAAAUUUACUAGUUUUAAAAGCUCAAAAUUUAUUUGUUCUAAAAAGUCAGAAUUUAUUUGUUCUAAAAACUCAAAAUUUACUAUUUUUAAAAACUCAAAAUUUAUUUGUCCCAAAAACUCAGAAUUUAUUUGUUCAAAUAAUUCAAAAUCUAUUUGUUCUAAAAAUUCAAAAUUUGUUCAUUUCAAAAACCCAAAGUUAAUUUGUUACGCAAACUCAAUAUUCAUUUGUUCUAAGCACUCAAAAAUUGAUUUGCUUUAAAAUCUCAAAAUUUAUCUGUUAUAAAAAUUAAAAAUCUAUCAACUUUUCUCUCCUGAGAUUUCAACGUAAAUAUUUACUAGACGCUGUAGAUUAUUUUAUUUAGAAGUUUUAAAAUAUCUUUUUAAGUCUUGUAAAGCAAGUUUUAACGCUGAAUUUUUAAAAUUAAUAUACUUACUUAAUUAAAUUUUUAAAAAAUUUCAAUGUAAUGACUAAACCUUUCCAAUGUUUUAACUCAAUAUUAAACCUUCAUUUUGUCUAUCAUUAUUUGCAAAACACAUCCAAAAGAAUUUUGAAAGUGAGAAUUAUCGCUAUUGAAAAAAUAUUUAAGAAAAUACUUCAUCAUAUUUUUGUAUGUAAACUGACUGAAUUUCGACUCCAUAUGUUAUUUGUAUAUAAGAUCUUUAAUAAAUCAUUAAUGAAAAUAU